CGCGCGCACACGUACAACAGCCCAACACUACAGAGAACAGGCUACAAUCACGCUUUGCCCACAGACAUCAUCAUUAUUAUAUAGAAGAAAAAAAAAACAUCUCUAAUUUGCAUUUGUCAUCGUCUUUUUCCUAUUUGGACAUUGAUGCAUUUGCCUCAGCGGUCGCCGUAGCGGUCCAAACGAUCAAUUUCCUUCCCUCCUGCAUCCAAAGACUGAUCUGCACUGCAAGAUGGCUGAGCUGAAUUUGGGGAAGGGGCUGACAGCUGGGAAAGUGGCCAGCAACGUUCAGAAAAAGCUCACCAGAGCCCAGGAAAAGGUUCUACAGAAGCUUGGCAAAGCAGAUGAGACCAAAGACGCUGCUUUUGAGGAGUGGGUCAUCAACUUCAACAAACAAUAUACUGAAGGCAGCAAACUCCAGAGGGACCUAAGAGCAUACCUUGAGGCAGUUAGAGCUAUGCACGAGUCCUCCAAGAAUCUACAGGCAUGUCUAGGUGACAUGUAUGAGCCAGACUGGUAUGGCAAGAAUGAAGUGGAUUCUGUUCUGGAGGACUGUGAUGUGCUUUGGACUGAUUACCAUCAGAAGUUGGUUGAUCACGCUCUGAUCUCCAUGGAUACCUACCUGGGUCAGUUCCCUGAUAUUAAGGCUCGCAUUGCAAAGAGAGACAGGAAGCUGGUGGAUUACGACAGUGCCAGACAUAACUAUGCUGCUACGCAUAAGACUAAGAAAAAAGACGGAGGCAUUAAAAUUACAAAGCCGUCCACCUUGUUGGAAAGAGCCACUCCAGGCUGGGCUCAGGGUAUCUUGUCUGCACACAACCUUGCUCAGACCAGUCUCUCAAAGAGUCAGGCUGAGGAAGAGUUGGAGAGAGCCCAGAAGGUGUUUGAGGAGAUUAAUCUUGAUUUGCAAGAAGAGUUACCUUCACUCUGGAACAGUCGUGUUGGAUUUUAUGUCAGCACCUUCCAGAGUUUGGCGGGCUUUGAGGAGAAGUUUCAUAAGGAAAUCAGUCGGUUGGAUCAGGAUUUGUAUGAUGUGUUGGAGAAAUUGGAGAAUAGCGACACAACCAGAGCGACUAGUGACCUUGGCACAGCAUCGUCAGGACCAAGCAGGAGUGAUAGAGAGGACUCUAACCACACUCUCAGACCAGGAGGACCACCUCCAAUCCCCAAAUCCCCAUCCAAGUUAAGACCAGCAGUGCCUCCACCACCUAAGGUAACCCCAUCUAAGGAACUAAAAACUGAGAACAUCAUCAGCCUGUUUGAUGCUGCAGCAACUCCUGAUAUCAAUGUCACCUCUCCUACAGAGUUUGACAGUCCUGCAGUCAACAACCUGUUGGAUAUGGACCUGGAGUCUUUCAGUGAAGCAGCCAAAGUCUCCACAGUCUCUCAGCCAGCUAACUGGGACUCAUGGCCGGAGGAUGCUGAGGCACAGGAAGAAGAAACUCAGAAGCACUAUGACCCUGUUGCUGCUGCUACAGAGGCCUGGGGUGAUGAUGGUACACAACCCAUCCGCUAUGAUCCCAUAGCAGCAGCCUCAGAGGGCUGGGGUGAUGAUGGGACCAAACCUGUUCGCUACGACUCUGUGACUGCAUCGCAGGAGGGAUGGGAGGAUGAUGGGAGCCAGGCGGCUCACUACGAUACAGUACAAGAAGCCCAGGAGGAAUGGGGUGACGAUGUAGAGCAGCCUGUCAAAGAGGAGCCAGCUGCAGCUGAAACACCUGCUGAUGUGGCUCUGCCUGAUGUGGUUGAAGAGGACAACACUCCAGCUGCUCCCGAGCUGGAUGAAAAAGAGGGUCAGGGAGAUUCUUCAGCAUCAGCUGCUGAACCUGAACCAGAAGAAGCAGCAACAGAGGAGACUCCGGAGACUCCGCAGACUCCGCAGACUCCGACCACAGCAGCAGAAUCAACACAAGAUUCAUCAGAGACUACAGACAUGCCUCCUGGCUUCUUAUUCAAGGUCCAGGUGAUGCAUGAUUAUGCUGCCAAUGACACAGAUGAACUGGAGAUGAAGGCUGGUGAUGUGGUUCUAGUAGUCACCUUUGACAAUCCAGAUGAACAGGAUGACGGCUGGCUGAUGGGACUGAAGCAGGACGAUUGGCAGCAGAACAAAGAAAAUGCCACUAAAGGAGUAUUUCCUGAAAACUUCACACAGAGGCUGUGAAAGAAGGGCCACGUUCCUUUGUUGAUACUCUGUUCCUCUUGCCUAUUUAUGUCCUUCUCCUCUCUUCCCCCUCAAUACUGUAUCCUAACAAGGACUUUGGCCAUAUAAACAGAGCUGUGAUAGCCCUGGAUGAAGUCAUGCAUUUCUAAGAUCUGCUACACUGCGGAUCUUUUUAUUUAUGUUUCAUUUCUGUUUUUUCAUGAUGUAUCCAUUCCAUGGGGCUUUUUGCCAUCACACUACUCAGUAUUUGAGGAGUCCUGCUCAUUCAGGAUCAGGUGUACUGAUAGUAACAUAUUCAGUGGCUACAACUGAAAUCAAUUUCUGAUGACUCAAUCUUUGUCAUGUCGCAUCAACUGAAAUUUAAGAUUUGUUAUUUUUGUGGCAGAUUGAGAACCGUGUUAAAUAUGUAAGAUGUUGCCAGAUGUACUAGAAAACUUGAAAAAACAUAUUGUUGUAAAAAGUAAGUACAUCCUCUUUCAACUAUAAGGUUUACUUGAGAAGGACAGUGCAAUACGUCCUGUUUUAGUUUAAUAGGCAUGAACCAGUUAUCAGUGUCAAGAUGUAUAGAGGUUUUAAAAAAGUGGAGUUUAAAAAACGGAAAAAUGUUUAGCUUUACCACUCAUAGGUUUAAAAUUAUUUUACUAAGAUGCAGAGGAAAGUAUGAAAUGCUGUGCUGACCGUCCCCCAUGUGGUACCACACACUGCCAGACAGCUGGCUGAAAGAAGGCUCUUAUCCUGCUUCCCCUCUUACAAGAUGGUGAAAUUUGAUUGUUUGUAGGUAUUUUCAGGCAUGAAAAACACAGACAGUGUAGUGUACUCUUAACAAAAAACUUUUCCGCAACUAAGCUUGCGAGAUUAGAUCGACAUAAUUUUCCUAUGCAGUAAGAUUACAAAGCCUCUCCUGAAUUUUGAGGCUGUUUAUUUUGGACUGUUUCUCGUAUAUAAAAUUCAAUUAUCAAUAUGUAAAUGUACAGUAACAUUGUUAUACCUAUAAUAAAUCAAUGCAUUUUAUUGAUUUAACAGCAGUACAAACGUGUUUCUGUUCUAGUCUGAACAAAGCCAAUUACAUCAUGUUAAAUAUUUUCAUUUGAUACAUUUUUAGGCAAGCAUGGCGAAACCGUGGUAGUUCCAAUUCAUACUUGCUCAAUUCCCUAAGACCUGGACAUAACCUCAUUUUUGGGGGGGGAUUAAGUUCUGGUAUAUAAAUGUGUUGAAGUGAAAGAGGGUGUACUUUCAUUUUACAUGUGUCUAUAAUAUAAAACAAGACCUAAAUGUUGUUUUACAAAGAUAAAAAGGGGCAAAAGUGCUAUUCUCUAGCUGACCAAAUGGGCAAAAAUCUUCACUCCUUAGUCUAGUCACAAAAGAAUAAAAUGAGUACCAUUCCAGAAAAUGCAAUUUUAUUUAAUCAAAACUAAAAAAUAAAUAAAUAAAAAAAUAGAAAGGAAAACUUAAUAAUACUCCCGUCUGAUCAGUCAAGAUGCUUAUCUCAUUGCUGGUGGAGUUAAUUUGAUCGAUGAUUAAACUCCUCACACAUUGCCUUCAGGAUAUGUCCAGCAAUUCCUAUAUUCUUACUUUCAUUGUUUACUUGUGGAAAAGGGGCCCUUGGUUGUUGUUGUGUUAGUAUCGAGUCUCUGGUGGCAUAAGUACGAUCCUGUUGUAAAAUCAAAUCAGAUAGUGACAAAUGUAGAAAGCAGCAAAUUCAGACAGACAAUGGGACUCCAACAUCAACAAAUCCCCCAGAAGCUAAAAAAUAGAAAUCUCUAUAAUAUAUUUUGAAAUAGUUUGAAGUUGUGUGAUAUGAUCUUGUUUCUACAUGAUUCCAGAUAUGCAUUGCUCAGGCUGGCCAUAAAGCUAGCCAGCAUCACAGAGAAGCUGCUGCUGGUAGUAUAAUAGAUGACACACUAAUUAUAGUCCAAUAUAUAACAACUGAGCCAGCCGAACUCAUAAAAAAAAUGUGCCGAAAACAGUUUCCUCUGUUUGCAUAGAGACUUCUAAACACCAAUGCAGAUGUUUAAGAUUAUGCACCAGAGCAACUUCUUUUAUUUUUAUACGCUGCCGAGCAAUGAUUACAUAUAGUCUAGUGUAACUAUGUUGACGUAAUUGCCAACUGAGGAUGAUCUGGAGUAUUUUGUACUUAUCUGGGGUUCACUGCUCUCUGUGUAGAUUCAUAGAUAUGUAGUACUAACCCAGUUGUUCAUUCAGUCUCUAACUUAAAAGUCUCAAAUCUCAUUAGGUUAUUAGUGUGUAAUAGGCACGAGAGAGAAUGUGAGUGAGUAUGUGCAGUGUUUGAGGAAUGCAAAUGUUUAUCUGUAGGAAAAUAUUAUUAACCACCACCACCACUUACAGAGGAAUACAGUCAACCGCAUCAGUGGGAAGGUUUUAUGAUGUUACAGAGGGAAACAUAUGUUUCUUUUUCCACUGGCUGAUAUUAUGGUUCCAGGUAUUAUAGUGCAUUUGUUGUGUAUCAGUGUAAUUUUUUCCAAGCUGUGAUGACAGAUACAUAUUCUAAGAAAACAUUCAUAUCUGUAUGUGAGUAACUGUGAGCAUGCUGACUUUCCACGUGUUGUUGUGUGAACACCCUUAAUUUAAGGCGGUGAUACUUGGGUCACUUUUGAGGCAGUUGCAACAAGCUAUUUUUUUCUUUCUAUAUUUUUUAUUACUUUUUUUAUGGCUACUCUUGGUAAGAGAGAUGGUGUGGGCAUUACAUGGUUUCCUUUUUCAACAUUUUCUCAUAAAUUUAUCCUGUUUUUUUUUUUGUUUGUUUGUUUUCCAUCUGCCGUGCCUCAAAAUGUUUCUAGGUAUCGUGGUCCAAAGCAGAGUUAAUUAGAAGGGAGGCAGGACUCAUAGAGAUAAAGUUAAUACAACCAGACUCAGGUGCACAGAUUUUUUUAAAUGCUUUUCAGUAUUUAGCCACUGUGGAUGUGAAUUUUUUUUUCAAUGUGUAUUUGAAAAAAAAAAUUCUCAAAUGUGAGAAUAACCACCUUCAUAUUUAGGUAAAUCACACAGUAAAUCACAUGCUUUGUUCUCAAAUUUUGUGUAUGAAUUGGAGUGUUUUACCUGGGUCUGGUUCUGUCUCCAGCUUUAUGGAUCAGUCUCUAAUGGUGGUAUCUGGGAUAUGACAAAAAUAUUUUUUUUUUCCCUGUACCUAAAUGACCAGUAAUAAUAAAGAUUACUUAGAAUCUGC